AUGGCAAGUUCGGCUGAUGCAUUACUCGCACGCCAGGAAAACCUUCAAAACGCUAUAAAAAAUGCUUUGGCAAACCUUACUAAGUUGGGCACAGCAAAUUAUUCUAACGCCGUUAUCACAGUUCGUAUGAAUAGCCUGGAUACGAAUUGGAAGGAAUUCAAAAACAAUCAUCUUACUCUUCUUAGCCUACAAGAAAAUCUAAGCGAGCAGGAUUAUAUCAAAAACGAUGUCUACGCAAAAACCGAGGAAUUUUAUCUGACUGCCCUUGCCACUAUGCUGUCGCUUCUCGAGACCUAUCCUGCGCCGAUACUUCCGACUGCCGCAUCGUCUUCUCAAGCUCCGUCAGCACCUACGUCAUUUUCACGCAAACUGCCCGAGAUCAAGUUGCCGACCUUCACGGUUGACUACAAGUUGUGGCCAGAGUUUCGUGACUUGUUUAUUGCUGGCGUUUCUUCCAGCUCGUUAUUAAACAACGUUGAAAAGUUAUUCUAUUUAAAAUCGAGUCUGGCUGGAGACGCAGCUGAGCUCGUCCGCGGCAUCUCUCUCGAGGGUGACAAUUUUCAACGGACUUGGAACGCGCUGAAGGAUGCAUUUAAGGUGCCACGCGUUCAAGUUGAUGCACUAUUAAAAGGCUUCUUCUUGAUGAAGUGUAACAACAUCUUUUGUGCCAACAUUGCUACCCACAGCAUGGGUCAGUCUGGUGGGGGCAGAUGGCCAGGAACAUUGUGUUCAAGCGUUGAUCGAUCAAGAAUCAUAGUCAUCAUCAUCAUACCGACGGAUGGCCUCAUCUACGCGACCUGCAGCUUGCCGACCGUUUGGAUUCACCAUCUAGUGAACCAAUUGAACUGCUACUAG